ACUUUCUUUGAUUCAUCUAGCAAUAUCUGUUAGAUGUUCUUGCUAAGAUUCUCAUUAUAAUUCUUUCCGGAAAUCCUCUGAAUAUUCCUGUUGUGAUUUCGUCAAUGAGGAAUUACACCUGUUGUGCUUUCGGAAAGUCAUGUUGUGAUUCCUCCAGGGAAUACUGCAGGAGUGCUUCCAUUCCCAAGGAUUCCUCCAGGAAAUCUAUUUGGGAUUCUUCCAGAAAAUCCCCCUGUGCUAGCUCGAGGAACCCUAAUGUACCAUGUAUCAUGUAGAUAAUUCUCUUCGUACGGUAAUCUUCAACAGACCACACAAUCGUGGAAUGUUGGUGUAAAUUAAUUGAAGCAUUAAAGACACGAAACUUAAUGAAAGUUUAUUUGAUCGGUUGAUGUGCAAACACCACCUUGUACGAAUAUCAAACCAAGUCACUUCCAUUCAUCCCUCCGAUAUGUUUGUUUUCGUUUUGUUUUUCAGUUCCAAACAAGCGAUGUAAUGUGAAGGAUUGUCGGUCAGAAAUUUGAAAUUGUUCUGUUUGAAAAUGGCCUUAUCGGAUGACAUUGAGUACAAAAUAUGUAUCAUUUGCACCGAAUCGUGCGAACAAAUGUAUCUUACACAAGAGGAUACGGUUGAGAGGCAAAAUUUGGAAGAUACAUUGAAAUCUAUUUUUGAAAAAUUGCAGAUAUCAUUCGACGAGUGUUUGGCCAUAAACCUGUGCAAUGUUUGCACGGAGGAGCUGACUGUCACAUCCCGGUUUAUUAGGAAAAUUGAAGAGGGCAAACCCAAGAUUAGAAAUCUUAUUGCCACGGAUUUGCCUCAAGAUGAUAUUAGUAGGUCUUCUAGUUUAGAAAACAUUACCAUCAAAUGUGAAGAUGAUGAUGAGUUUGAUGAACAAAAUAAUACAGAAUCUGAAGCAAUUGGAGAUCCAGAAUUUUCGGAGAUUUCAAAAAACUGUAACACUGCAAAAUCAUCAGAAGACGAAGAAAAGUUUGAUCCUAGAAGUACUAGAGCAAGCACCAAACCAGAACCACAACCAAAACGUUGCUGUGGUUGUAAGACAGCGUUGACAACAGCUGAGCAAGUGCACAUUCAUUCAGAAAAGCGUCAUCGCCGAGAUAGGAUCACCGAAAGCCAAAUCAUCGAAGAUGAACCAUUUGAAUGUCCAGUAUGCUUCGCAAGAUUCCAAAACAAGACAGAUUUCCUCCGUCAUCAGCGGACCAUGUAUGCCGAUGAGCUGUUCCCGUGCAAACGCUGUCCCGCUGAGUUUGCCAAUGCCUAUAACUUACGCUUGCAUGAAAAGCGUUUUCAUAAACGUGAGAAUACAAACGCCCGCAUCGAUGAGAUGCGUCUUACGAUACAUAAAUGCUGCAUUUGUCGAGAACAAUUUGAUUCCCUGGAUAUGGUUAAGUAUCACGUAAUAAAACGUCAUCCACUCCUAGGUGAAAACAUCGAGUCAGAUAAUCAGUUUGAGUGUGAAAUAUGCUCUCGUUGCUUCAAAACCCAGAAAGUUCUCAUUGAACAUCAGCGGCGGCCUUUUAGGAAGUAUCGAUUCCAGUGCUCUCAUUGCGGUAAAACGUUUAACGAACGGCAGGUAUUCACCGAUC